CUGGACACGUCGCAACAAGUCAGCUCAGCUAGAGAGCCAUCUGUAGAGCAUGUACUCGGCCUGGCAACGCCUGCAGAGCGCGUUUAGCUUCUUCACAUCCCUGUUACUCGUCCUGGGCGGCUUGGUGGCUCUCUCCUCUGUUCUCUACAGGGAUAGCCCCCAAAUUGGCAAGGUUGACAUCACCAAGACGGUGGUCAAGUACUCGCGCGCGCCGCGGUCCUACAAUCCAGCACAGCAGGAGUAUGCUCAUGUGACGUUCGACUUGCAGGCAGACUUCACUCCGUUGUUCAAUGACUGGAACACGAAGCAGGUGUUUGCCUAUCUGGUGGCAGAGUAUGCUGCGUUGCCCAAGCCAGUCGCAGGGACGGUCGCCAAGUGGAAGGAGAACAAAGUCACCGUCUGGGAUGCUAUUAUCCAGACGCCAAAGAAGGCCAAAGUCAGCUUGGCCAAGAAGCGUAACAAGUAUCCCAUUGGCGACAUUGCCAAGGUCUUUGAUGGCCGCAAUGCUACAUUCACGCUCUACUGGAACACGAUGCCUCAUGUUGGCAAGCUUCGAUGGGGCAGCUACAAGGGCUCGCAGUCCAUCACGUUCCCUCCACGAUCUGCUGCAUAGACAAUCUGUAUAGACAAUGGACCGAAGCUCAUGCAAAUGCUCGUUUCAAUCAAGUCAAGAGCAGUCAAUAGCAAUGUGCACAAGUGCAAGUUGUUCUACUA